GGCCGGGGACUCGGCAGCCCCGCCGCUCGCCGGCCGGCGCGGCCCGCAGCCCCGAGCCAUGGAGUCGGAGGAGGAGCAGCACAUGACCACGCUGCUGUGCAUGGGAUUCUCGGACCCCGCCGCCAUCCGCAAGGCCCUGCGCCUGGCCAAGAACGACAUUAACGAGGCCGUGGCGCUGCUCACCAACGAGCGGCCGGGCCUGGACUACGGCGGCUACGAGCCCAUGGACAGCGGCGGCGGCCCCGGGCCCGGACGGGGAGGAGGCGGCGGCCCGCGGGGCGACGGCGGCGGCGAAGGCGGACCCUCGCGCGGCGUGGGCUCGGGGGGCGGCUUCGACCCCCCGCCUGCUUACCACGAGGUCGUGGACGCAGAGAAGAAUGAUGAAAAUGGAAACUGCUCAGGGGAAGGAAUUGAAUUCCCUACAACAAAUUUAUAUGAACUGGAAAGCCGUGUUUUGACUGAUCAUUGGUCCAUUCCUUACAAGCGAGAGGAAUCACUAGGCAAAUGCCUGUUGGCGUCUACCUAUCUAGCAAGACUUGGUCUUUGUGAGUCUGAUGAGAAUUGUAAAAGAUUUAUGGAUAGGUGUAUGCCUGAAGCAUUUAAAAAGCUCCUGACAUCAAGUGCUGUUCACAAAUGGGGCACUGAAAUUCAUGAAGGAAUCUACAACAUGUUGAUGCUAUUAAUAGAGCUGGUUGCAGAGAGAAUAAAACAAGAUCCAAUUCCCAUUGGUCUCCUGGGUGUGCUGACAAUGGCUUUUAAUCCCGAUAAUGAAUACCAUUUUAAAAACAGAAUGAAAGUCUCUCAAAGGAACUGGGCAGAAGUAUUUGGAGAGGGAAAUAUGUUUGCUGUUUCACCUGUAUCUACUUUUCAAAAGGAACCUCAUGGAUGGGUUGUGGAUCUGGUUAAUAAGUUUGGAGAAUUAGGAGGAUUUGCAGCAAUCCAAGCCAAGCUCCAUUCAGAAGAUAUAGAACUUGCGGCCGUCUCAGCACUGGUACAGCCCUUAGGAGUGUGUGCAGAGUACCUGAGUCCCUCAGUGGUGCAGCCCAUGCUAGACCCAGUCAUCCUUACUACAAUCCAGGAUGUGCGGAGUGUGGAAGAGAAAGACCUCAAAGACAAGAGACUGGUUAGCAUCCCUGAGCUCUUGUCUGCCGUUAAGUUACUUUGCAUGCGCUUCCAACCUGACCUUGUGACGAUUGUGGAUGACCUUCGACUUGACAUCCUACUGCGCAUGCUGAAGUCACCACACUUCAGUGCUAAAAUGAAUUCCCUUAAAGAAGUAACCAAACUGAUAGAAGACAGCACUUUAUCCAAAUCCGUGAAGAAUGCUAUAGAUACAGACAGAUUGUUAGACUGGCUAGUUGAAAACUCAGUUUUGUCGAUUGCACUGGAAGGCAACAUAGACCAAGCACAAUACUGUGAUCGUAUAAAGGGGAUUAUUGAACUCUUGGGCAGUAAAUUAUCAUUAGAUGAGCUCACUAAAAUUUGGAAGAUACAGUCAGGACAAUCAUCUACCGUGAUUGAGAACAUUCACACUAUCAUUGCUGCAGCAGCUGUGAAAUUUAAUUCCGAUCAGCUUAAUCAUUUGUUUGUCCUCAUUCAGAAGAGCUGGGAGACUGAGAGUGAUAGAGUAAGACAGAAGCUUUUGAGCCUGAUUGGACGAAUAGGCCGGGAAGCUCGCUUUGAGACUACUUCUGGAAAGGUGUUGGAUGUACUCUGGGAACUGGCUCAUCUUCCAACCCUGCCCAGCAGCCUUAUUCAGCAAGCCCUGGAGGAGCACCUGACAAUCCUUAGUGAUGCAUAUGCAGUGAAAGAAGCAAUCAAGAGGAGCUACAUCAUUAAGUGCAUAGAAGAUAUUAAAAGGCCUGGAGAAUGGUCAGGUUUGGAUAAAAACAAGAAGGAUGGAUUCAAGUCAUCUCAGCUUAAUAAUCCCCAGUUUGUAUGGGUGGUACCAGCUUUGCGUCAGCUCCAUGAAAUUACCCGUUCAUUCAUAAAGCAAACCUAUCAAAAGCAAGACAAGAGCAUUAUUCAGGACUUGAAGAAAAAUUUUGAAAUAGUGAAAUUGGUAACAGGAAGUUUGAUAGCUUGUCAUCGACUUGCAGCAGCUGUGGCUGGGCCCGGGGGCCUCACUGGAUUGACACUCGUGGAUGGGCGAUACACUUAUCGGGAGUAUUUAGAGGCACAUCUGAAAUUUCUGGCAUUUUUCUUGCAAGAAGCUACCCUCUAUCUAGGUUGGAAUCGUGCCAAGGAAAUCUGGGAGUGCCUUGUAACAGGCCAGGAUGUCUGUGAACUAGAUAGAGAGGUGUGCUUUGAGUGGUUUACAAAAGGACAGCAUGAUCUGGAGAGUGAUGUUCAGCAGCAGCUCUUCAAGGAGAAAAUUCUGAAAUUGGAGUCCUAUGAAAUCACUAUGAAUGGUUUUAACUUAUUUAAGACUUUUUUUGAAAAUGUGAAUCUCUGUGAUCAUCGAUUAAAAAGACAAGGAGCUCAGUUGUAUGUAGAAAAGCUGGAAUUAAUAGGAAUGGAUUUCAUUUGGAAAAUAGCCAUGGAAUCACCUGAUGAAGAAAUUGCUAAUGAAGCUAUUCAGUUAAUCAUAAAUUAUAGUUACAUUAAUCUAAAUCCUAGGUUAAAGAAGGAUUCAGUAUCUUUACAUAAGAAAUUCAUUGCUGACUGCUACACAAGACUAGAAGCAGCCAGUUCAGCCCUGGGUGGCCCCACUCUAACACAUGCUGUGACCAGAGCCACAAAAAUGCUUACAGCAACGGCCAUGCCAACUGUAGCAACAUCAGUUCAGUCUCCGUAUAGGUCCACCAAACUUGUAAUAAUUGAGAGAUUGCUACUUCUGGCAGAACGCUAUGUGAUCACUAUAGAGGAUUUUUACUCUGUUCCACGAACAAUUCUACCUCAUGGUGCCUCGUUUCAUGGACAUCUUUUAACUCUUAAUGUUACCUAUGACUCUACCAAAGAUACAUUCACUGUAGAGGCCCACAGCAAUGAAACCAUAGGGAGUGUCCGGUGGAAGAUAGCCAAGCAGUUGUGCUCUCCUGUGGAUAAUAUUCAGAUAUUUACGAAUGAUAGCCUGUUGACAGUGAAUAAAGAUCAAAAGCUGCUCCACCAGCUGGGCUUUUCUGAUGAGCAGGUCCUUACAGUAAAGACCUCUGGCAGCGGGACCCCCUCCGGGAGCUCAGCAGAUUCUUCAACCAGCUCCAGCAGCAGCAGCAGUGGGGUCUUUAGUUCAUCAUAUGCCAUGGAGCAGGAGAAAUCUCUCCCCGGUGUGGUGAUGGCUCUUGUGUGCAAUGUAUUUGAUAUGCUUUACCAACUUGCCAACCUAGAGGAGCCAAGGAUAACUCUGCGAGUACGAAAGCUUCUGCUCUUGAUACCCACUGAUCCAGCCAUUCAGGAAGCCCUUGAUCAACUUGAUUCUUUAGGCAGAAAGAAAACAUUGUUGUCUGAAUCAAGUUCUCAGUCUUCAAAAUCUCCGUCCCUCUCUUCAAAGCAGCAGCAUCAGCCGAGUGCCAGUUCAAUCUUAGAAAGUCUGUUUCGGUCUUUUGCUCCAGGAAUGUCCACCUUUAGAGUGCUCUACAACUUAGAAGUUCUAAGCUCCAAACUCAUGCCAACAGCCGAUGAUGACAUGGCGAGAAGCUGUGCGAAAUCCUUCUGUGAGAACUUCCUCAAGGCAGGUGGCUUGAGUUUGGUUGUAAAUGUCAUGCAGAGGGAUUCCAUCCCAUCAGAAGUAGACUACGAGACAAGGCAAGGUGUUUAUUCCAUCUGUCUGCAACUUGCAAGAUUUUUACUUGUUGGACAAACAAUGCCCACAUUAUUAGAUGAAGACCUCACCAAAGAUGGCAUAGAAGCACUUGCUUCUCGUCCAUUUCGAAAUGUCAGCCGGCAGACAAGCAGACAGAUGUCCUUAUGCGGAACUCCAGAAAAGUCAUCCUAUCGACAGUUGUCAGUAUCAGAUAGGUCUUCUAUCAGAGUUGAGGAAAUCAUCCCUGCUGCUCGGGUUGCAAUACAAACAAUGGAAGUAAGUGAUUUCACUUCCACUGUGGCUUGUUUCAUGAGAUUAUCGUGGGCUGCGGCUGCGGGACGACUUGACCUCGUUGGGAGUAGCCAACCAAUUAAAGAAAGUAAUUCUCUGUUUCCUGCUGGAAUUCGAAAUAGACUCAGCAGUUCAGGAAGCAAUUGUAGCUCUGGAAGUGAAGGAGAACCAGUAGCCCUGCAUGCAGGAAUCUGUGUCCGGCAGCAGUCUGUGUCCACCAAAGACUCACUGAUUGCUGGAGAAGCUCUGUCUCUUCUUGUUACAUGCCUGCAGCUUCGGAGCCAGCAGCUGGCAUCCUUCUAUAACUUGCCCUGUGUUGCUGAUUUUAUCAUUGAUAUUCUGCUUGGAUCACCAAGCGCUGAGAUCCGCCGGGUCGCCUGUGACCAGCUAUACACUCUCAGUCAGACGGACACUUCUGCUCAUCCAGAUGUGCAAAAGCCAAAUCAGUUCCUUCUAGGUGUCAUUCUCACGGCUCAGCUGCCUCUCUGGUCCCCAACUAGCAUCAUGAGAGGAGUCAAUCAGAGGCUAUUAUCUCAGUGUAUGGAAUAUUUUGAUUUGAGGUGCCAAUUAUUAGAUGAUCUGACAACUUCAGAAAUGGAACAGUUACGAAUCAGCCCAGCUACUAUGCUUGAAGAUGAAAUUACGUGGCUAGAUAACUUUGAGCCUAACCGCACAGCUGAAUGUGAGACUAGUGAAGCAGACAACAUCUUACUGGCAGGACAUUUGCGGCUCAUUAAGACCCUGCUUUCACUCUGUGGGGCAGAGAAGGAAAUGCUUGGUUCAUCACUCAUUAAACCAUUGUUAGAUGACUUCCUUUUCCGAGCUUCUAGAAUUAUUUUAAAUAGUCAUUCUCCAGCAGGCAGUGCCGCCAUCAGUCAACAGGACUUUCAUCCAAAGUGUAGUACAGUGAAUAGCCGCUUGGCAGCCUAUGAAGUCCUUGUAAUGCUGGCUGAUAGUUCACCUUCAAAUCUUCAAAUUAUUACAAAAGAACUGCUUUCUAUGCAUCAUCAACCUGACCCUGCUCUUACCAAAGAGUUUGAUUACCUUCCCCCAGUGGAUAGUAGGUCCAGUUCAGGGUUUGUGGGGCUGAGGAACGGCGGUGCAACUUGUUACAUGAACGCAGUCUUCCAGCAGCUGUAUAUGCAGCCUGGGCUCCCUGAGUCACUACUUUCAGUGGAUGAUGACACAGACAAUCCAGAUGAUAGUGUGUUCUACCAAGUACAGUCUCUUUUUGGGCAUUUGAUGGAAAGCAAGCUGCAGUAUUACGUGCCUGAGAAUUUCUGGAAGAUUUUCAAGAUGUGGAACAAAGAACUCUACGUGAGAGAACAGCAGGAUGCAUAUGAAUUCUUCACUAGUCUCAUUGAUCAGAUGGAUGAAUAUCUCAAGAAAAUGGGGAGAGACCAAAUUUUUAAGAAUACUUUUCAGGGCAUCUAUUCUGAUCAGAAGAUCUGUAAAGACUGUCCUCACAGGUAUGAGCGUGAGGAAGCUUUCAUGGCACUUAAUCUAGGAGUUACUUCUUGUCAGAGUCUGGAAAUUUCUUUGGAUCAGUUUGUUAGAGGAGAAGUUCUAGAGGGAAGUAAUGCGUACUACUGUGAAAAAUGUAAAGAAAAGAGAAUAACAGUGAAAAGGACCUGCAUUAAGUCUUUACCUACUGUCUUAGUCAUUCACCUGAUGAGAUUUGGAUUUGACUGGGAGAGUGGACGCUCCAUUAAAUAUGAUGAGCAAAUAAGGUUUCCCUGGAUGCUAAACAUGGAGCCCUACACAGUUUCAGGAAUGGCUCGCCAGGAUUCAUCUUCUGAAGUUGGGGAAAAUGGUAGAAGUAUGGAUCAGGGAGGUGGAGGAUCCCCACGGAAGAAAGUUGCCCUCACAGAAAACUAUGAACUUGUCGGUGUCAUUGUACACAGUGGGCAGGCACACGCAGGCCACUACUAUUCUUUCAUUAAGGACAGGCGGGGGUGUGGAAAAGGAAAAUGGUAUAAAUUUAAUGACACAGUUAUAGAAGAAUUUGAUCUAAAUGAUGAGACUCUGGAGUAUGAAUGCUUUGGCGGAGAAUAUAGACCAAAAGUUUACGAUCAAACAAACCCAUACACUGAUGUACGUCGAAGAUACUGGAACGCCUAUAUGCUCUUCUACCAAAGGGUAUCUGAUCAAAAUUCUCCAGUGUUACCAAAGAAAAGUCGAGUCAGUGUUGUAAGGCAGGAAGCUGAAGAUCUGUCUCUAUCAGCUCCGUCUUCACCAGAGAUUUCACCUCAGUCAUCUCCUCGGCCCCAUAGGCCUAACAAUGACCGACUCUCUAUUCUGACCAAGCUGGUUAAAAAAGGUGAGAAGAAAGGACUGUUUGUGGAGAAAAUGCCUGCUCGAAUAUACCAGAUGGUGAGAGAUGAAAACCUCAAGUUUAUGAAGAAUAGAGAUGUGUACAGUAGUGAUUAUUUCAGUUUUGUUUUGUCUUUAGCUUCGUUGAAUGCUACUAAGUUAAAGCAUCCAUACUAUCCUUGCAUGGCAAAGGUGAGCUUGCAACUUGCCAUUCAGUUCCUUUUCCAGACUUACCUACGGACAAAGAAAAAACUCAGGGUUGACACUGAAGAAUGGAUUGCUACUAUUGAAGCAUUACUUUCAAAAAGUUUUGAUGCUUGCCAGUGGCUUGUUGAAUAUUUGAUUAGUUCUGAAGGACGGGAGUUGAUAAAGAUUUUCUUGUUGGAGUGCAGCGUGAGAGAAGUACGAGUUGCUGUGGCCACCAUUCUGGAGAAAACCUUAGACAGUGCCUUGUUUUAUCAGGAUAAGUUAAAAAGCCUUCAUCAGUUACUGGAAGUACUACUUGCCCUUCUGGAUAAAGAUGUCCCAGAAAAUUGCAAAAACUGUGCGCAGUACUUUCUCCUGUUCAACACCUUUGUGCAAAAGCAAGGUAUCAGGGCUGGAGACCUUCUUCUACGGCACUCUGCACUGAGACACAUGAUCAGCUUCCUCCUUGGGGCCAAUCGGCAGAACAACCAGAUACGCCGUUGGAGUUCAGCACAAGCACGAGAAUUUGGGAAUCUGCACAAUGCAGUGGCAUUACUUGUCUUGCAUUCAGAUGUCUCUUCCCAAAGGAAUGUUGCUCCCGGCAUAUUUAAACAACGGCCACCUAUCAGCAUUGCUCCCUCGAGUCCCCUGCUGCCCCUCCAUGAGGAAGUAGAAGCCUUGCUGUUCCUGUCAGAAGGGAAGCCUUACCUGUUGGAGGUCAUGUUUGCUCUCCGAGAGCUGACGGGCUCGCUGCUGGCACUCAUUGAGAUGGUGGUGUACUGCUGUUUCUGCAACGAGCACUUCUCCUUCACCAUGCUGCACUUCAUUAAGAACCAACUAGAAACUGCUCCACCCCAUGAGUUAAAGAAUACAUUCCAGCUCCUUCAUGAGAUACUGGUCAUUGAAGAUCCCAUACAAGUGGAGCGAGUCAAAUUUGUGUUUGAGACAGAAAAUGGAUUACUGGCUUUGAUGCACCACAGUAAUCAUGUGGACAGCAGUCGCUGCUACCAGUGUGUCAAAUUCCUUGUAACUCUUGCUCAAAAGUGUCCUGCUGCUAAAGAAUACUUCAAAGAGAAUUCCCAUCACUGGAGUUGGGCUGUGCAGUGGCUACAGAAGAAGAUGUCAGAACAUUACUGGGCACCGCAGAGCAACGUCUCUAAUGAAACAUCAACUGGAAAGACCUUUCAGCGAACCAUCUCAGCUCAGGACACAUUAGCAUAUGCCACAGCUCUGCUGAAUGAAAAAGAGCAAUCUGGAAGCAGUAAUGGGUCAGAGAGUAGUCCUGCCAAUGAGAACGGAGAAAGGCACUUGCAGCAGGGUUCAGAAUCUCCCAUGAUGAUUGGUGAGCUAAGAAGUGACCUCGACGAUGUCGAUCCUUAGAGGGACGUGCCCAGCACCUGACGAGACUGGGUGUUAGCACCUUCUGGAAACAGAAUCUCAUCUUGGCAGAGCCUGGGGACAGGCCAGGAGGCUGCUGGGGACCAGGAGGGACUCUGGGGACCACGACCUCAAGGAAGGUGCCCUGUCUGCAAGGAGGCCAGGAGGAGGCCAGUGGGGGCCAGCUGUUCCGGUCACCGACACACGUGGAUGGACGUUUCUGUGGAGACUUUAGGAAAUAAAGCUGGCGGCAGAUUUUUGUUACACGAACGAAAAAGCUGUUGCUUUCUCCAUGAUACAACAACAAAAAAUUCCUUUUGCUUUUUAUAUUUUGAGAAAGGAAAAAGCAAGCUGCCUUUAGGUUUGUGGGGGCAAAUUUUUAAUCUUGCAGUAACAUUGAAUAGGAAUAUCCAAUUUAAAUGAUGUAAAGAUAAUGUGGUAAAAUUCCUUUUUGUUGUAAAAUAGUAGUUAAAGAAUUCAGUUUACACAGACCUUUGUAUUUAAUAUGUCUCCCUCUUUGUAUAGAAUUUCUGAUGGGUCUGAUGAGAGCCCUGGGCAUAAGCUUAAACCUUGAUGAAACGUUACCAGGAUCAAAAAUUGGGAAAUUAUUAAGCUCUUCAAGGUAUUUUCCCAUAUGAUUAAGAUUGAAAAGAGCAAUAAAACAUAAAAAGCUGUGUUCUUCAGAAGUGCAGGAUGCAUUCUUUGACAUCAGUCAUUAAAGAAGUUAUGAAUGGUUCCCAAAACAAAUUUUAAAAACAGCAAAAUAAAAAGCACUUUAAGAUACAAUUUUAUUGAGUCUGACUUCAUAAAAUUAUCUUUUUAAUGCUUGGAGACAUAUUGAAUAAACUGUAGUCUUAAGUCAUGUGAUCUGCAAUCAUUUGCUUUUACUAAAAACAAUUUCCAAAGCCCUUGGUAGUGGUCAUAUAUGAAAUUAAGUAUCUGAAUUGGGGCACCCUGCUUUGUGAGUUUCAUGAUCCUUUUAGUGCACAGAAGGGAUUUAAGACUUUGCUUCUCUUCAACCUGACUCAUCAGCACUGAAAAAGCAGGGUGGAAAACAUUCCCAGAAGUCACUGGAGAGAAACGAACAUCACCCGUUGAGCUGCAGUUCCCACGUAACAUCCUUCCCUCCUUUUAGGUUGGGCACUAGCUCCCUUCUGGGGCAGGGGUGGGGUCACACCAACCCUCCUGUAUUUGGAACAUUCUGUAUUUUGAACUGAUCAUCCCUUGUUGUCCCUAUUUUCCUCUAGUUACAAGUUCUGCCUCAUUUUCAGCUCACCACCUGCAGAACUAGGGCAGCCUUAGGAAGUGCCAGGUCGCCACUGUCGGACUUGCAAGUCAAAGAGGCGCAGCCAGCCCUGAAGUGCCUUUUUGAUUGCUUUUGGAUUUGUGGGAACGUGUGCCAGACAGACAGCUUCACUGCUGUGCACUCUGGUACCCUUCUUCACUUGCCUGUGCAGCUGUGGAAGUUCCUGUCUACUCAGACUGGUUUGUACUUUCGUAACUUAGCACAGGCUGCUGACCGCUUUUGUCAAACACAGCAAAGUGGAAGGGCCAGAGAAACAGACGUAGGCAAGUGGCACAUUUGAUAUGGUUCUGGUGUUUUUGCAGUUUUGAAUGUGAUGUAUUUUGAAUAUCUCAUAUCCUACUGUGUCCCUCCUCUGACCCUCACCUUCUGUCCACACCCACCUCCACAUAAAGAUUGUGUGGGACUGUGAAACGCUAGCGAGGAUACAUGUUGGAAUAUCAUCGCUGGCAACUGCACUCUCAGGAGCCCCAGAUCAGGAGUGAAAUCACCACUUCUAGUCCCCUUAUUUCCUAUGGAAACGACGUCUCCUGCCCCCGGCCCUGAUGUUCUCAUGCAAAGCUGCAUCAGGGUUACCUCACUCCAGCUUCGGUUCACUUAUGUUGUUGUUUCAGUGAGCAUUGAUUCCACUAUGCCAGUAACCACUUGAUUUCCAACAGCUGCAGUCAACAAACCUGCUGAGGACUUUUUUAAUGUAGUACCACAAAGUGACAAUUGUGACAGGCUUGUCUUGGAAAAGUUGUCAUUUUUACUGCCAAUUUUUUGAAGAUGUUUUUAUAAUCUUUCACAAUGGUCUGCAAAUUGAGCAAGAAUUGCACAAAGGACUCAAUGCUCUGUGUUGUCAAAGCUGUGCAGUGAAGGCCGUUCUGACCAUCCCAGGCACAAGUGGGCAUCCUGGGGCAGCUCUCCCACGAUGCUCCUGGUAGACGCAUGUAGCCACUGGCAGCUAGCGAAAGUCUAGGACCUAGAGCACCGAGCCCUCACUCCCUGGCUUGCCCUGCCCUCCCUGCUGACUUCAAGACAUGUGCAGUACCUUUUGAACUUGGAACAAGCAGACUGGAAUUAUCCUCUGCUACCUCUUUGUGUACAAAAUCUUGUUUAUAAAAUUUCAAAAGAAAGUAGAUAAACUAGGAAAGAAUCUUAAUUCUAAAUUUGGUUCAUGCGUGGCAGAGUUCUUAGCUUCUAAAAGUACAAAAUAAAUUUUUCAAAAAUACAGA